AGAUUCGAGAGGACAAUAAGGAAUGCGGAGAAGGUGUUCGAUGAAAUGCGGCAGAGAGGGAUUGAGCCUGAUGUGACCAGUUUUUCCAUUGUGCUUCAUGUGUACAGCCGCGCACACAAGCCGCAGUUGUCGCUCGACAAGUUGAAGCAGAUGAAAGAGCUUGGAAUCUCUCCGACCGUGGCGACUUAUACUUCGGUGAUCAAAUGCCUCUGCUCUUGUGGUAGGCUAGAAGAUGCAGAGGACUUGCUUGGAGAAAUGGUGAGCACUGGAAUUUCUCCAUCCCCAGCAACUUAUAAUUGUUUCUUCAAAGAGUACAGAGGUAGAAAGGAUGGGGCUGGUGCUUCACGGUUGUACAAGAAGAUGAAAGAGGACUGUUUAUGCCCUCCUAGUUUGCACACCUACAACAUAUUACUAAGCUUGUUUUUCAAUCUGGGCAAGAAGGAGGCUCUGAGAGAGGUGUGGAACGACAUGAAAGAGAGCGGUAGAGGGCCGGAUUUGGAUUCGUAUACGACGAUGAUCCACGGGUUGUGCGAGAAGCAGAAAUGGAGGGAGGCUUGUCAAUUUUUUGUAGAGAUGAUAGAGAGGGGGUUUCUUCCUCAGAAGGUGACAUUUGAGAUGCUUUACAAGGGGUUGAUACAGUCUGAUAUGUUGAGAACUUGGAGGAGGUUGAAGAAGAGGCUGGAAGAAGAGUCUAUAACAUAUGGUUCGGAGUUAAAAAAUUAUCAGCUUAAGCCUUAUAAGAGAUGAUGGAUAAUUAUAGGCCAAGUGAGUUUUAUAUAUUGAAGUUUAGAAGGUUUUUUUCCUCUCAUUUUAUAUUAUUUUGCAUUUUUUUUCCUUUUUUUUUUAGCACAACAGGUGGGGUGGGGAAUUUGAUUUAGGUAUAUGUCAAUUUACUACUUAGCUAUGCUCGCUUGGUUGGAGGUAUAUGCCAAUUACGACUGAGCUAUGUUCGUUUUGGCGCUGCUUUGCAUAUCUGUGGUGCUUCAUCUUGUGAGAUAUACCAAUUCUAACUGUGCAUUAUUGCAA